AAAAGGUGUCAUCAACGACUGGAGACGGUUCAAGCUGGACAGCGUGGAUCCGACUGUCCCGCAAAGAAAGAGAGAGCUGCUGAGACAAAUGUCCAAUCCUCGAGAGGACGACAAGGAAAGGGUCAACAGAAAGAUGAGCGCUCAGGAAUACGAACUGAUCCAAAACGAGGACGAGCACGGCCUGAAACGCUACAGGAAACACUGCAUGCAGGAAAUGCACGAGCGCUUGAGCUUCGGGCCAAAGUUUGAAUGCGUUCACAAUCUCGAGAGUGGGGAGGCCUUCCUGGAAGUGAUAGAGAAGGAGCAUCGGCUGACCCUGGUGGUGGUCCACAUCUACCAGCAUGGUGUCAAAGGCUGUGAGCAGAUGAACUCGUGUCUGGACUGUCUGGCGAUGGAGUACCCCACUGUUAAAUUUUGUCGUAUUGAUGCUGAGGCAACAGGGGCUGCGGAGCGCUUCUCCUCUGAGGUUGUUCCUGCCCUGCUCGUCUACAAGGCUGGUGAACUACUGGGUAAUUUCCUGGCCGUUACCAAACUCUUCAGCGAGGAGUUCUUUGCAACAGAGGUGGAGGCGUUUCUUAAUGAAUAUGGCCUCUUACCGGAGAAAGAGUUUGCUGCGUGUGCCGAUGAUGCAGAUGAGGCAGAAGAUGUGGAGUAGAAGAAGAAGAGGAAGAAAGGAGAAGGCCAUGAAAGAGUGAGACAGAUAUGGAAAAAAUAAAGAUGAAGAAGAGAAGCUGAGGAAAUGAAGAUGUGGAGGAAAACGGUGUUUGUCAGGAUGCACGCACACAAUUAAACAAAGCAUAAACAAUAAAUAUAUAGUAAUAAACUUUCACCAGUGCACAGCAAAUGCUGAUAGCUUUAGGUGUAAAUGAAAAGAUGAAGGAUAUUUGUGUUGAAAUAGCAAACCAGUUCA